GAUUAAUAUGGACACACGUCAACUGUGAAUAGCAUUAAUUAUGUUAUUCUAGUUGUGUAUAGGGAAUUUAUAUGAAUAACCUAUUAUUAUUUUCCAGAAAAUCUCUUGUAUACAAAUUAGAUCCACUUGAUAUUGCUUUCUUCCUUCGGGUCGCUAGUUAAUACGGAUAAGAGCUUUUGUUGUUAUUAGGUAGCUUUAUUUUCAGACCUAAUGCCUGAAACUUGGCUGAGUCGGCACGCUACCUAACCCAUUUCCAGUACGUAGAGGUUACAAGUGUGAAGACUACCUCAAGUACUCAUGGUCCCACCAUUGCCGUGAUUGAAAGAGAUAAUUGAAUUUUUUCAUGAUCUGCAUUUAAUUGUUAUAGUUCUAAAAAAUUAAUUCUAAAAUCUUCCAGUAAGUUUGCUGCAAAUUUUGACUCACGCUCGGUGCGGCGAUGGCUUGGGGCAAGACUGUGGUGGUAGUGACAGGUGCAUCGCGCGGUAUAGGCGCCGCUGUCUGCGAACGUCUGGCGCCGCACCUCGGCAUCGGUUCGGUCAUCAUCGGUGUCGCUCGAGAUGAGACCAACCUCGAGCGGUGCAAAUCGUGCGUCAAAGAAGCGAACCCCAGUGUUGCCUUUAUAUCAGUUCAACAAGACCUAAGCAGCCUGGAAGCUUCAGUUGUACAACACGCACUCGCCCAGGGCUUCGAAGAAGCUCUGCGUAGUCCUGGCGGGGCGCUGAGCACCGCUUUGAUGGUCCACAAUGCAGGGUCUCUUGGCGAUGUGAUCUACACCAAAGACCUUAACAACUUCGCUGAAGUCAGCAAGUACUACGACCUCAAUGUCAGUUCAGUGGUUGUGUUGAACGCCGCUUUUUUGAGCCUCGCUAAAGUUCAGCAAGCUGCCACACCGAGCAUGACAAUAAAGGUGGUGAACAUCUCCUCUAUCUGUGCGCUCGAGCCGUUCAAGUCCUGGUCGCUCUACUGCUCAGGCAAGGCAGCGCGCGACAUGUUCUUCCGCGUGCUUGCGGCCGAGGAGCCAAGCGUGACCGUGCUGAGCUACGCUCCUGGUCCUGUGGACACUGCCAUGCAGAAAGAAGCCCGGACGAACACUGCAGACGUGAGUUUGCGCGAGAGUUUCAUCGCGAAGUUCAAUGCCGGCGAAACCUUGACGGCCAGUCAAACGGUCGACAAAAUGAUCAGUCUGUUGGAGAGCGGCGCGUUCACUUCAGGAGGUCACGUCGAUUAUUAUGAUGUGUGAAGUUACUCCUAAUUCUUAUUGGAACGAAGAGGUUCUCCUUGCAUUAUACAACUAAGAGUUUGAUGCUCACACAAGAAACUCGAAGAAACACAGAACGGAACUUCCAUUAUAUACAUGACAGUACCGUAUUUCUAUCUAUAAUUAACUAUGCCAUUAAAUCGAGAAACGCUGGAAUUGAAGGACUUUUAUUGUUACCACGAACGUAUGAUCUUAGUAGAGAGUUACAGCCUGUGCGUUGUGCAUGGCUCAUAUAGUAUCAAACUGCAGGCGUGAAUUGCUCCUGUAUGCAUGCAGGGUUUAUUCAUAGGGUUUUAUGUAUAGUAUUGCUUACUUGCGUUUCCUGUACGUAGUGUCGAUGCAAACAUCAAUUUUCAUAAUUACAAUUUGGUCUGUAGGAAUGGUAUUUACCUCCUAAUAAUUUUAGCAAAUUUAUUCAUCUUGCAGACACUCCGAAUUUAAAUGGAAUGCUGCAAGGGGAUCGAGUACCGAGACUAAAUAUGUUGGGUUAAAAACGUAACACAGUAGGAAGUAGUUACGUAUUUUUAGACUACCUCAUUUAUACAAAGUUAACCUAACCGAGCAGUGCCGAGAUAGAUAAUCCAUUGAGUUGAGAAUUCCGAAUCCCGUAUCCUAACAUUCUGAUACACGCCAUCCCGAAUUUCGUCUCCCAGACAUCAUAAAUCCCGUUAAUUUUAAAUUCACACCCGCAGACCUAUCGAUUUUUUUUUAUCUAACAUAAACUCCAGGUUUCAGAGUCUCUUGAUUCCAUCAUGUGAAAUAGAAUUGUAUUCUCGUAUAAUACUCCUAUGCGAUGAAUAUCGUGGAUAUUCGACCGAACAAACUCCACAAAUCCAGCGCUAGUCCCAGGCUUCAAAUAAAUUUACCGACUGUUAAAAAAUGUAAUUAACAUGAAAUUCGAACCCAACGCAUUUAAUCUUAGUUUCCAAUUCUCACUAUACCGAACUGAUACAAACCGUCUAACUUACUUGAACUGAGUUGUGGGCAAUGCUAUACGAUAUAUAGGUGAAAUUUGGACAUAGUAUAUUUGGUUAAAAUAGAGAUGUUACCUAAAUGUCAAAUUUAGAAGGAUCUGAAGAUAACUGAAUUGAUGCAGACGAGAUCUUCCUAAGCUCUGCAGUCAUCAUUUACGUCCGAGUUCUGAGCGUCGUUAUCGGUGUCGAGUGCCGUGUAGUGACUGAACAGAAUAACAGACACUUUUCUAUUACUAAAGAGUUCAAUUUCGUCGCGAAACAGAAACUCUGUUUCUGUUUUGUUCGUCACAGUUCCUGAAGUCUUCAAUCUGGAAAGAAAUUAUAUCUUUAGCAAGACUGGGAAACGUUAUUAAUAAGAUGAGUUAGAAAACACUGAUUUGACUAGCAGAUUUAAAAGUUUGAACCUUCAUAACAAGCGUAAAGUUCAAGACAUAAUAGGUAGUAUAAUGGAACAUAUUCCGCCCACAGAGAUGAAAAAUGAAAAUUAUAAUAACAUAGUAUUAGAAUACUUUUUCUGGAAUUUAGGCCAAUGGAUAAAGAAUUGUAAAUAGCGGAAAUGGAUAAGAAUCAAAUAACACAAAAAUCAUGUAUUUGAAUUUUAUAUACUGCUUUAGGUAUGGCAUCGAAUGUUUAUAUUUUUACACGUGGUAUCUGCAUUUCUGACGAUUGUCGCCGAACUACUUACAAUGAUGUAAGUUAAUUGUUUUAUUGUUGUUCACGCAAACAAGUAUUUUCUGUAUUUUACA